AUUAUUGUAGCUAAAUAUACUAAUACCGAAAACACUUUCCUUUUUCACUAUAAUGCUCCUACAUCAUAUAUUCCAUAUUUGGUAUUAAAACGACGGUCUUUUAUGUAACAGAAUGUGUGUACAUUAUAUACGUCAGUGAAAUACCUUGCAAAGCGUCGAGCGCCAAUAGCACGUAAUUGUCCUAUUUUGUGGCCCUUCCUCGUUAUGUCGAAUGCCGAAGAAUAAAGCAUUGUUAUUUUGUUAGAACACCUACCUUAGUUGGUCUUUCGGCUACGAUAAGUAACUGACAAUGUUGAUCAUUCUCCACGUAGCAUAUGGCAACGAUGCAUUGUAUCACCGGAAUAUUAACUAUCAUAGUGCUUCUACAGGGAUUUAUUGCCACUUUUAAAAUAGAACGUAGAAACAGGUAUUACAAGCCUUGCAGCAACUAUUUAACCGACAAGUUGUUUAUGACGCCUUUAGGUGUGCCUCUCGUGGAGUACAAAAUACCUGGAACCCAGCGAUCUGAAUUCCAUGAUAUUCAUACAAGGUUAUAUAGAGAACGUAUUCUAUUUGUCAGUCAAUCUCUCGAUGAGAGCUACACUAAUAUGAUCAUCGGCACACUUCUAUGUCUCGAUAGCGACUCCAAUGAGAAACCAAUCACGUUGUAUAUCAAUAGCCAGGGUGGCCCAUCUACCGCUGGUAUAACAUUAUAUGAUACGAUUAAACACCUGAAGUCUAAAAUUGCAACAAUAAAUGUUGGCUUCUGCAGUGCAACGGCUUCGCUACUGCUGGCCUCUGGAACACCGGGGAUGCGCUCAGCUCUACCUCAUUCAAGAGUUGUUAUGCAUCAACCCGCUGGGACACUGGAAGGGUCAGCAGAGCAAAUCAGAAGCCAGGCUCAAUAUAUGCUUAAUAUGAAGCGAAUCUUGCAGAAAUUAUACAGCCAAGUAACUAAUCAGCCUUUGGACAACAUAGCUAAGGAUUUAGAACGUGAACAGUUCAUGUCAGCUGAAGAAAGCCUACAAUACGGAUUGGUUGACAGAAUUAUCAGGACAGACCAUGCAAAAUAGCAUACAUAUAACAGACGCAACUUUGCCGAACGUCCACUAAAAAAUAAUUCCUGGUUUCUUGUAUAGUUAGAACGUUCGAAUUUACAUACAUGUACAAUCACUGGAUAAAU